AGUUCCAGACUUCCUAAUAGAUUUUCCCCUUCGCAAAUGUCUGUGGUUUUUCCAGAAUCUUUUUGUAGCACUCAGACAACAUGUUGGAAGCAUGUUGCUGUCCCACGAUGCAUUCGAGUUCCCCGUACACACCCCACACUCCCCAGAACCUGCUUCCUCUCCUCAUCUUGAGAUCUCUGGCCCUGCUGAGCUGGGUCUGGCUGCUCUCAAAGCUGAGAUGGUCCCACACCCUGAUGGGGGCCGACAUCCUGGAAUCCUCCACUUUCAUCUCUUCUCCCAAUGUCACCUGGACACAUCAAAGACUCAUCUCAUGGGCUCCGCAUCAUCGCCUGGCGUCGUCCUUGACUCAUUCAACAACGAGUAUUUAUCAAGCCUGGCACAGCACUGGGACCACCACCCAAGAGUCUUCGCUUCCCCAGAAUUCGUGCUCCAUCGGGAGGAACAGACUCACCAACUGCACAAAUGGGCACCCUGGAGACUGUGAUACUUACUAAGACUGAAAUCUUAUGCUGGAGGCACACCCGGGUAGAGUACGACCAGAAAGGGAACUCUACUUGAGACAACGUGCAUGCAAGCCUUCUCCAAAGACAGAUCUGGAAGCGCUCAGAAAGAACAUUCUCUAAAUAGAAAGCCAAAAUACGAAGGAACUUCAAAACAAAAGUGUGGGAAAACGGAAUUAAAAGAUAAGUUUCUUUUGGUACAUAAUUUUUUUGAAUCUGUAAUAUGCAUUUCCCAUGAACUUUAUGAAGAUCCUUGUAUGUGUGAAUUUCAAAACUUUUCACACCAAAAACAACUUAUCUUUCAAUUCUAUUUUCCACAAAUGUUUUGAAGUACUCGCAAGACAAACACUAAAGCAUGUUAAAUUGCAUUCCUCAUAGGAACCCAAGGUUCAGAGCAAAUAAGACCCUCAGGAAAAUUCUGAUGACCGAGUUGAAGGCAAAGGGGAGAGCUGGGUAAAAACAGUAAGAAUUUAAAUAUACUGAGUGUGUACUAUGUGCCAAACAUGGUGCUAAAUUCAUCACAAGGCAUCCUUGGUAAUCCCUCAGAGCUGUCCUGUAGAGGCAGAAUCUACUUUCCCAUUUUAUAAAUGAAGACAGGCUGAGAGGUGCACAACGGUUUGUCAGAGUCCUGUACUUCCCAAGUGGCAGAGCCGAGGCCCAGGACCUGGGGUCAGUGCCCUGCUCCUAACAACAGCUCCCUGCACCCUCAGUGAUAUCCAAACAAUGAUGUACAAGCCCCUGAUUGAAACUUACAGCCUGUUAGAAGUCAGAAGGAAACCUGUGAUCCCCCACAGUCAUUACCCAAUGGAAGUAAGUGGAGAGAAGGUAGAGACAGGACGACAAGGCCAAGGGCAAUGCACUGGGUGACCACUAUCCAGUUCCAGCUGUGCCUCAGGAGACCAGAUGAAGAGUCAGGAAGUAUCAUGGCUGCUAAACACAAAUGCCCCCCCCCCCCCCGCCAAGAAAAGGGCCAAUGGGAGUGCAGACAGAACUGAGCGGUCCACAUUUUUUUUUCUUUUUAAGAUUUUUAUUUAUUUGAGAGGUAGAGUUACAGAGAGGUAGAGACAGAGAAAAAGGUCUUCCAUCCACUGGUCUAUUCCCCUGAUGGCUGCAAUGGCCAGAGCUGGACCAAUCUGAAGCCAGGAGCCAGGAGCCAGGAGAGUCUUCCGAGUCUCCCACAUGGGUGCAGGGGCCCAAGCACUUGGGCCAUAUUCUAUUGCCUUCCCAGGCCAUAUCUGGGAACUGGAUCAGAAGUGGAGCAGCCAGGACUCAAACUGGCACCCAUAUGGGAUUCCGACACCACAGGUGCUUAGCCCACUAUGCCAGAGUGCCAGCCCCAAAGUCCACUUUUUCUUUGGAGAUACACUCGGAACUCAGCAUUGUGACCAUGGACAUUACAAGCCACCCAUGCUUGGGCAGUACUUGGGGGUCUUGGAGAAACUCCUGAGUUGACACCUCAGUGUCCUGUGGGGCCCUCUCAUUCCAGUACUUAGGGUAGGUACAUAAGUACCUCUCCCUGGGGCUAACAUCCUUCCUCCACAGACUUCCAGUCUUGUGUGUGCUUGUUCCUGAGUGUACACACACACACACACACACUCACAUAACCGGAAGCCUCUCCCCAAGCCCAGGCACUCUUCAUUCCCAGUGAGCAGCAAGGCCUUCAUUCUGUCACACCACUAUCUAAAAUUCACAGUCCAGGUUGAACUCUGAGAGCAAUAAUGGAGCCCCAGUGUCAGGAGAGUUCAUCUGGAGACUACACAGAGCAAAGAGGCUACACUACACACUCACCAGUUACGAUCUCCCGACUUGCUGGAAUCACACACAGCCUGCAGGCUUUCGGAGGUGACUGUGCACCAAGACCGUUUGGGGCCACAACUCUGUCCCUGGGCAGGGAACGUUGCUUCUGAUCUGGACUGCAGGAAAUCCAGAUUCACGCUCAUCAGACUGGCAGCCAUGACUACGCAAUCCAUUACAGCCUCCCUCCUAGAACCUAAGCAGAUCCACACUCAAAAUCCAUUGUGAAUCCCUUCAUUCACCAAAUAUGCAGGGAACGUGUGAGCACUUCUGCACCCCAGGAUCUGUGCUAGGAGCUGGGGCCAGAAAACCAGGUUAGAAAUAGUCCCUGCCUGCGAGGAGAGACGGAGAGCGAGGCAGUUGCAGGGCAGGGUGAGCUCUGUUCUGGUGCGAGAGCACAGGUGUCCUGGGACAUGCACAACGCUGCAGUGCUGGGGCUCCCAGAGAGUGGAGUGCCGGCUGGGGCUGGGGCUACCGGAGAGUGGAGUGCCGGCUGGAGCAUGGCUGGAAUCCACUAAGAGGCGCUUUCCUCUUAGGCUAAAGCCAGAAGAGGCCUCCACCACUCAGCACACUCCUAGCUCUUUGACCACAGCAGAGUGGAAGGAUUUGUUACUAAAGGAGAAACACAGACAUAGUCAUUGCCCCAUGGGUCAUCUAUGGGUAUCUCCAGUGGAAACAGAACUGUCACUCUUGUUUCCUGUUCUGCCUCGUAUCCGGUAGUAGCAGUGUGUAAAACCGCUCUUGCUACUAGACUAUUGAGAGAGGCAUCUACUGCUUGCAGGCAGGGUCUGGGCUCUGGAAUCGCUCACACAGGCCCCAGACAGUAAGCACUCAGCAAGCUUCUAUGUGGAGGGGACUUCACUCCCCCUCUGUGCUCUGGGUCCUAAAUCCAAGCAAGCAAGUGCUGACUCCAGACGAUUCGUCACUAUCUCUCGGGUCCCGGUGCAUGGUCCAGGGUCAGGGCCCCAGCUCCCUGUCUCCCCAGCCUCCAGCUAUCACUUCUGACAGCUGCCCCUUGCACUUCCCCUCUCCACACCACUGACACCUUGGUAAGCAGCUUCACAGGGCCCAGAGGAAAACUCAGAUCUGUGGUCCUGGCCUCAGGACUCCCUUCAAAGAUCCGCAGUCCACCUGUCCACACUUCUCCUCUCCACCUGUCUCUGCCCUUUACCCUCCAGCCAUUCUCGAUUGCUUGCCCUUCCCAAAGGGUGCUCUGUACUUUCCCCAUUACUCUGUUUAUACUGGGCUGUCGUAUUGGCUUCCUACAGUUCAUUGCUUCCUUACCAAGUGUCAAGUUCAAAGCUUCAAGUUCAGCCACUCAAGCUCUGUGGCUGCUCCGCUGAGAUAAUGUGGCCUCUGCAGACCUGUUAUCUCUUGUGGUGAAGUCAUAGAGGGUUCACGGGUUAAUCAUUUCCCCCUUGGAACUAAGUGACCUUAGUUGGUGGGUUGCAUCCCAGUUUAUCCAAGCAGAGAAUACAGUGCCCGACAGAGAAUAAAGACAAACUGAAGUUAACCUAGACGUCAAGAAACGUCAGAAGGGAACGUCGUGGUCCCGCCGCGGUCUUUGUGGGAACGCCGGCUGCGCCCCAGGUGUGCCCGGAGUCCCGUCCUGACCGCGGCCACAGCUUCGGACUUUGACACAUCAGACCAGCGGCUCCUGGGCUCGGCCAGGGAGUCCUGGGGAUGCCCAGGGGUUUUCCAGUCAAACCAUUUCCACAAUAAUGCCGCUCUUCUCCGUCCACCCUACCUGCGGACAACCGCGCGGCCGCCGCCCCCGGCGCGACGUCACACAGCGCUUCCGGCAGGGCAGGCCCGGCAGCACGGCAUUCUGGGAUGCGGCGGCCGCCUCAGCCUCGGCCAAUGGGACGCGGCCACGUCACAAAGGGCGCCGCUGUCGCACGGCCCGGCGUCGCCUGGCACGCGGACGCCCGGGCCCGCGCCCCUGGGCUGCUCGCCUCGCCGCGUCCCCGGGCCGUGGCCGCCUCCGACAUGGUGGACUACUACGAGGUGCUGGGCGUGCCCCGGCACGCCUCGCCCGACGCCAUCAAGAAGGCGUACCGCAAGCUGGCGCUCAGGUGGCACCCGGACAAAAACCCCGAGAACGAGCAGGAAGCCGAGAGGCGGUUCAAGCAGGUGGCCGCGGCCUACGAGGUGCUGUCGGACGCCCAGAAGCGCGACGUCUACGACCGCGGCGGCGAGCCCUGCGCGGACCCCUUCGAGAGCGUCUUCACCUUCCGCGACCCCGCCGACGUCUUCAGGGAGUUCUUCGGCGGCCGGGACCCGUUCUCCUUCGACUUCCUCGGGGACCCGCUGGAGAACCUGUUCUUCUUCGGCGCUCGGAGGAGCUCCCGGGGCCGCCGGAGCCGGGCGUCCGCGCCGCUCUUCUCCAGCGUCGGCGACUUCCCGGCGGCGUUCGGGGGCGGCUUCUCCUCCCUGGACGCGGGCUCUGCUUCCUGCGGGUCCCUGGGCGCCGGAGGCCUCGCCGCCUUCUCCGUGUCGUGUGGGGGCGGGGCCGCGGGCAGCUUCAAGUCCGUGUCGACCUCCACCGAGAUCGUGGGCGGCAAGAAGAUCACCACCAGGCGGGUGGUGCAGAACGGCCAGGAGAGGGUGGAGGUGGAGGAGGACGGCGAGUUAAAGUCGCUGAUAAUAAACGGCAAAGAGCAGCUGCUGCGCAUCGGCACCCCGUGACCGCGGCCCGCGGCGGCGUCAGAGCACCUCGGAGGGGCGGCGGCGACUUUGCUUUUUUUUUUUCCUGCGAUUGCAAAUGAAACUCUACGUGGAAAACAGCUGUACCAGGGAUUCAUAAACGGAUCAUUGCAGUGCCUGUUUGUUGUUAAUUGCUGGCACCACGUGCCGGGGGUCUCUGUCUUUGAAACUGUUGUAAAUAUCCGUGUGCACUUUGCUAUUUAUUAAACUGCAUACCAAGGCAAACGAUUACUUUCCUAGAGUUGGACAAGCUGUUCACCACGGCACCUUGACGCUUCGCUUUGCCGGUUUGGUUUGAAGCGUGGCCAGGUCGCUCGCUCAGUCCGUUUAUACUGAGUUGUUUCAGCGCACAGAGUGAACGGCUGAGCGCCACAGACUUGCUGCUGAUGUGCAGGGAGAGCUGACUGGGCUUAACUGUGUCAGCACCUACCGGGCUUUAUGAAGGCAGGUGAGCCUGGCAGUAGGUGUAUUGGUUUUUUGUGGUUGCCACAACCAAUCACCACAAACUUGAUGACUUGUAAGAUAAGCAUUUAUUAGCUUUCUUGAGGUCAAAUAAUA